UUCAGUGACGUUAUGCGCAUGCGCAUUUGUGAAAGUUUUGACUUAGUCCGUGCGGCCUUUGUCUAUAAUUUAAAAAUCAGAAAAAUGACAGAAGUUGAUUCCGAUCAUGGCUUCAGAGAAAACGAGGGAGCUGGGGAUAGCGUGGAUUCAGUGGAAUCUGGUAAGGCAGUGAAUGGUGAUGAUGGCAUUUUAAACCACGUUGACCAAAAUAAGCAGAAUGGUUUUCCAGAGGAAGUGAAGGCAGGAGAACACAAGCAGGAUGGUGCCUCAAGCAAGAGCAAAGAACAUCGCGACAAAGAUCGUGACCACAAACACAGCUCGAGCUCUGACAAGCACAAAUCCAGCAGUAGCUCUGAUAAACACAAGCACAGCUCGAGCAGUUCCAGACACCAUUCCUCCUCCAGUUCUAGCAAACACCGUGAUGGGCAUUCAAGUUCAAGCUCGUCGCACAAACACGGCUCAAGCUCUUCAUCUAGUAAACACAGAGAAGGACACUCAAGUUCCAGUAAGGAUAAGCACAGCUCUAGCGGACAUAGCAGCAGCAAAGAUAAAGAAGGUGAUAAGGAUAAACACAGAAGCUCUGAGAAACACGGCUCAUCCUCAUCAGAUAAACACAAGCAUAGCUCGAGCUCAAGCAGUAAACAUUCCUCGGACAAACCUCGUGAUAAGGAGGGAGAGAAUGAUAAACAUAACAGCAGUAGCAAGAAGGAGAAUCUUGAUUCUGACAAGGAGAAGGAGAGAAGAGAGAGAAAAGAAAAGGAGAGGCAAGAAAGGAAGGAAAGAGAAAGAAAAGAGAGAAAGGAAAAGGAGAGGCAAGAAAGAAAAGAGAAGGAACAAAAGGAAAGAGAAAGCCAAGAUAAGGAAUCUCUGAGUGUGAAAAAAGAGCCAAUAUCCCCUGUCAAAGAAAAAUCAUCACCUGUUAAACCAAAAAUUGAACCAGAAAGUGAAGAUGAAGAUGAUAUUCCUCUUUCUGCAAGACUCAAGCAAGAAACAGAUGAUAUCAAACCAGUUAAGCGAGAAAAAGAUCUUAAACCAGUGAAGCGAGAAAGGGUCGAGUCUGAUGAUGAUGAUGAAGACGUGCCACUGUCAGCCAGAAUGGCCCAAGUAAAGAAAGUUAAGAAAGAAAAGCCGACACCAACAAAACCCUCGCCGCCCUCAGGCAAGAAACGCAAGGCUGAGCCCCAGGACUCUGAUGAGGAUGAGAAACCAUUGAAGAAAAAGAAGUCAAAGACUGCUGCCAAGACGACCACACCCACGUCGUCCCCUACUAAGAAGAAGAAAGGGGCCAAGGAGGAGCCCCAGGAAGUGUGGAAGUGGUGGGAGGAGGAGAAGGCAGAAGGCGGGGUAAAGUGGACAUUCCUGGAACACAAGGGGCCUGUUUUUGCCCCCGAAUAUGAGCCUCUUCCUGAUGAAAUCAAAUUUUACUAUGAUGGCAAGGUGAUGAGGCUGAGCGAAGAGACAGAGGAGGUGGCUACAUUCUACGCUAAGAUGUUGGACCACGAUUACACUACCAAGGAGGUCUUCAACAAUAACUUCUUUAAGGACUGGAGAAAGGUGAUGACUGCUGAAGAGAAAGAGAAGAUCAAAGACCUGAAGAAGUGCAACUUCCGUGACAUGUGCGAAUACUUCAAGCAGGAGUCGGAAAAGAGAAAGAACAGGUCCAAGGAAGAGAAACUGAAACUCAAGGAAGAGAAUGCAGCUAAACAGGAGGAGUAUGGAUUCUGCAUCAUGGACGGCCACAAAGAGAAGAUCGGCAACUUCCGCAUUGAGCCCCCCAGUCUAUUCAGGGGGCGUGGUGAGCACCCAAAACAGGGCAUGCUGAAACGCAGGGUGCAGCCUGAAGAUGUCAUCAUCAACUGCAGCAAGGAUUCCAAGAUACCAGAACCACCGAAAGGACACAAGUGGAAAAAGGUCCAGUUUGACAACGAGGUUACCUGGCUAGCCAGCUGGACAGAGAACAUCCAGGGCCAGAUCAAGUACAUCAUGUUGAACCCGUCUUCGAGACUCAAGGGCGAGAAGGACUGGCAGAAGUAUGAGACUGCGCGGCGCCUGCACAAGUGUGUGGACAAGAUUCGCGCCAACUACCAGGAGGACUGGAAGUCCAAGGAGAUGAGGGUCCGACAGCGGGCCGUCGCCAUGUACUUCAUUGAUAAGCUUGCCCUGAGAGCAGGUAAUGAGAAAGAGGAGGGAGAGACUGCGGACACAGUGGGCUGCUGUAGUCUGCGCGUUGAGCACGUCAGCCUGCACAAUGAGAAGGAUGGCAAGUCUAACGUGGUAGAGUUUGACUUCCUAGGUAAGGAUUCCAUUCGUUACCAGAAUGCGGUGCCAGUAGAGAAACGGGUCUUCAAGAACCUGCAGAUGUUCAUGGAGAACAAGGCACCUGGCGACGACCUCUUUGAUAGGCUCAAUACGACCAUUCUGAACAAGCACCUGCAAGAUCUGAUGGAGGGACUGACUGCCAAGGUGUUCCGUACGUACAACGCCUCCCGUACCCUUCAGGAACAGCUUGACCUUAUGACCAAUGACGAUGAUGCUGUGCCUGCCAAGAUGCUGUCCUACAACCGGGCCAACCGUGCUGUGGCUAUCCUGUGUAACCAUCAACGUGCGGCACCCAAGAACUUCAGCAAACAGAUGGAAAACAUGAUGUCCAAGAUCAAGGACAAGCGUGGUCAGGUUAAGGAGGCCAAGAAACAACUGAAGGAAGCCAAGGCAGCUUUCAAGUCUGAGAAGACACAGAAAAACAAAAUGGUCUACGAGAAGAAGAAGAAAGCAUACGAGCGUCUAGAGGAGCAGUUGACCAAGCUUGAGGUACAGGCAACAGACAAGGAUGAGAACAAGGAGAUAGCCCUCGGCACCUCCAAGCUCAACUACCUCGACCCAAGGAUCUCCGUUGCAUGGUGCAAGAAGUGGGAGGUGCCCAUAGAAAAGGUGUACAACAAAACUCAGAGAGAGAAGUUCAGAUGGGCAAUAGACAUGGCAACUGCAGACUUCAGAUUUUAACGCUGGUUUUAACUAGGGACUGUGUAUCAUAAGACUAGGACCAUUUGAUCAUUGCACUGUACUCUCAUUGGGAUGUCAUUGAAACUAAUGUUAGCAUGUCUUUAAUGAAGGUCAUUAAACUAUCAUUUUCUAUCUGUUUUUCUUGUGUGUUUUUCGAGCCAGCAUUAGUUGUUACUGUGGUUUGAAAACUGAAGUAAUCAAAUUAUCUCAAGAUGUUAACCCAUGUAUACUUUUCUGAUUAGCCUUUUCAUGAGAGCUUUGUGAUGUUUUCUUUUCAAAAUACAAUCGUUGACAUUGCCUUAGAUCUUUCAAACAUCUGUGGUAUUAAAAUAUUAAUUUAUUUUUUGUAUUACAUAGCAUAUAUUUGUAGUGAUGCAUAUGCUUGCUUAUAAAUAAUAUAACUUAUAAUUUUUGAAAAUAAAGCCUGUUUAUGUAUUUAAAAAAAAAAUGCUUCACUUAAUAUAUAUCUUUCGUAAACAAAUUGGUCUGUUAAUGCAGAAAAUAAAAUGUUGGUGCAACAUUUCCUGUAAUCAUGUACUGUAAAUGUUGAGUGUAGUUACCUGUACACUUAUUGCCAUAUUAAGGUACUAAGUAAAUGUAUUUUGUAUUGCAAUUUCACAAAAAUAAUUUAUAUUUAAUUAAUUUAAAUGUAUGUGUUAUUGUAUUGCAUGUUUUGUUUAAUUAUUCAUUGAUGGAAUGCAUUAACUAUCCUUCAAACAUGCUUGUAUCUCACAGAGCGUGCAUAAGCUUUAAAAUAGUUAUUUAACAUAGAAAAUGAACCAUUUUUGAUGUAGCUUUGUCUACUGUAGACUUUUUAAGUCUCGACUCAAUGAUCUCUUGUCCAUUUAUAAGUCCAGUAUUACAUGAUCUUCUGUUUUAUUGAGUAUGCUAUUGCUGUAUCUAAACUUGUUGGCUCUUCAAUAAAGUACUGAUAUCUGUGUAGUUGAUAAUUACCGUACCAGGGAAUUAAUAUUCAUGCUAUUGUUCAAUAUUUUUAAGGUAAAACACUUCUUCAAAAUCAUUUAUCAUACGUUUCAUUCAUUCAUCAUUAAAAAUCAUGAACAAUUCAUUCAUCAUAUUGUAUAUCAUGAACAAUAAAUUCAUUAUUCAAUUGUAUCAUAUUAUUUUUAUGCAUUUUAAUUGUUGACAUUUUAGAUGCCUUGUAAAUAUUGUUAUGUAUCCAUUCUAAUUUGUCAUAAUGUGAACCAUGAUCUGGGGUGGUAUUCCAGAAACAUAUUAAGUCAUUACUUAAAUACUUUAACUUAAGUUCAAAAUUAUAAUGUUUUGUAUUUCUUUACUUAAUAAGGAAACACAUGUUUUAUUGGUAUUCCUAAAAUGACAUUGGCUUAUUGAUGUUAUGUAAAUGUAUAUAUCUUAAUGCCAAUCUAUUGCAAUAUGAAAUGAAACACUUUCCCAAUUUAAGGAUAAGAAUUUUUUUUAUCUUUAUGCUUCUGGAAUACGACCCUUGGGAAAACAGGGCAUAUUGCAUUAGCAUGAAGUAUUGCCCCAGAUUAGCUUGUGCACUCUGCACAGGCUAUUCCAGGACAACAUUUGCUGCUUAGACUUGAUUUUCGUUUAGAAGAGCCUAACUUUAAAAGAAAAAUUCAAUAAAAGCAGUAAGUGUCCACCAGCGUUUGCAAACUGCACAGGCUAAUCUUAGACGACACUUUAUGCUCAAGCAUUUAGCACAGUUAUCCCAGAACGAGGCUCAGAUUAUUAAGUUUGAGUUAUUUCCAUGCAUUGUAUAAUGUGAAAUUGACAAAGAAUGAGUGAAUUAUUAAGAGUAUUAGUAUUUUGUGCUGCCAAUAUCUUUUUGUGUAAUACAUGUUUUUGUGUUUUGAUGAAACAUGCUUAAAUGUUCUGUUAUUUUAAUUACCAGAUCUUGUAUUUAUUUUUCUAGGACUUAUUCUGUCCAGAAAUCUCUGUAAAAAGUUUAUAACAUUGAUGCAACAUAUCCAUUUUUAAGGGUGUAACCUAAAAUCUGACAUGUUAGGUCUUUAUUGUGACAUAAAUGAUUGAUGUUUGUAUUGUAUUAUCUCUCAAUGAGACAGUUGACAAAUGGAUUGGGUAUUCUCAAAGUACAGAUGUGUUGAUCAUUUAUGAAUGAAUUCUUUCACUGUUAUAACUGCAUUUGUUGUAUGUUAGCAUCUUAAGUGAAAUGUGUGUAUUGCUUGUCUGCAUGGAAGUAUGUUAAAAGUCGGGUAAGUAUGUUGGGGAUUAGUGUUAUUGUUUACAAUGCAGGAACACCAUACUGUUAGCACGUGUUAAACAAAUGCUGUCAGAUUUUAUUUAAGGGUUGUUUUAAAAUGAUUGGAAAAUCAUGAUCUAAUAAAAUGUUGUUUUAACCAUUUUUUAGCCAAGUUUAUUUACUAUUUUAUUUGCAAGAGUUGUGGUUAUAACUACGUACUAUCUCAGUUGGAUAGAUUGUAACCUGUGUGAAAAAUAUUUAAGAAAUUCCAAGGUUUAAAAGUUAAUUUCUCAUGCAUGCGUUUGCAAAAUUUGAAUAAUUGGUUAUUAUGCCCCCAGUAUCUACAGAUUGGCUAGUCCAUUGAUUUAUGCUGUCUAUCAACACAACAAUAACCAAAAAUGACACACACACGUCUUCCUACAUAAUUCUGGUACUUGAAUUGAUGUCUUUGAACUUUUACAACACACCCACAUCUCCUGAACUCAUUUUUUACUGUGACAUUGAUCUACUUUUGGACUAAUUCAGGUAUAAAUUUCCCAAAUGAUGCUAUUGUCUUACAUCGAUAUCGCAUGCUACAAAGCUUUGAUAGUCCUAUGGAUGUUAUCUGCAAACAAUCUAAACACACCCACAUCAUCUGACAUUAUUUUGACCUUUAAUUGACCUCCUUUUGGACUUGAUCAAUAGGGACUGACAAAUCAAUAAUGGCCAGGCUUCAACUGGGGGCAUAGGGGUUUAUUGAACCCAUCAUCUUGUCUUGUAUGUAUGAAUUAAGUGUCAUAAGAUCAAGUGACAAAUACAAGAUAUUAAACAAU